AUGGAGCCAAUGCUCUAUUUGGCCAUCACCUUGGCUACAGUAGUCACCAUCACUGGACUGUUUUCGUUCUAUCAAGAAGCAAAGAGUGGGAACAUCAUGAGCUCGUUCGCCAAUAUGAUUCCGCCGAUGGCACAUGUCAUUCGGGAUGGACGAUUGGUUGACAUAAAGGUCGAAGAAGUCGUACUUGGAGAUGUGGUCGAAGUUGGCGGUGGUGACAAGGUUCCUGCAGACAUUCGAAUUUUUCAAGCCAGAGGUCUCAAGGUAAGUGUUCCAAUACAUGGAGAGAACAGGAAACUGAAAGUUCAAGUUGGGACUGCGAUGAAACGUAGACUCUACCCUGAGAGCGAUUUCAGCUAG